UUUUUUAAAGAUAGAACACAUUAUGUUCUCUAAGAUUUUAAAAUAUUGUUUGUUGCUUAAUUUUAAUUUGUUGUUAGUUUCUCAAGAAGUUGCAGCAAGAGUUGAAGCUUACGAAACAACACUUAUAUUUUACUAUGGACCAAAAUUCACAGAUUUUCAGCGUUAUAAACUCUCAAAUGCAGCAGAAAUUUUGUACAAUCCUCAUUUCAAGUAUGGUGAAACCCAUUUGUAUUUACAUGGUUGGCAUGAAUCACAAACCAUGCCUGAUAUUCAAACUAUUGUUGAUGCUUAUUUGAAGCGAAAUGAUAUCAAUCUUAUCGUAGUCGAUUGGGGUAAGGCUGCUGCAGAACGUUACGUGGAAGCUUCAUUCAAAAACAUCGAAUUGUUGGCUCCUGUACUUGCUGAUUCGAUUUUAGACUUAUAUAGAGCUGGAAUUCACCGUAAGGACCUUAGGGUAGUUGCACAUUCUUUGGGAGCUCAGUUGGCUGGAAUGACGAGCCGGCAUAUCAUGUGGAAGUCAAAUGGAAAUAUUAAAAUUCAUCGGUUAGAACUUUUAGAUGCAGCUUUUCCACUCUUUUUCUUAGGAAUAUUACCAAAAGUAAAUAAAAAUGAUGCAGACUUUGUUCAAGCUAUUCACACUGGAUCUGGAACUUAUGGUCAGCCAAAGCCUAUAGGUCAUGUAGAUUUUUGGCCAAAUUAUGGUCGUAAACAGCCGGGAUGUUCUAAUAGACUUAUAGUGAUUCCAUUUACUAUGGAAGAUCUUUGCAGUCAUCAACGAUCAUGGAGAUUUUGGGCAGAAAGUGUUGCCAAUGUAUAUGGUACUAAUCCGAGAUUCUUAGCUUUGCCUUUUUCAAAUGCUUACAAUACAAUACCAACUGAAAUGGGAAUCAAUUGUCCAAUAAGUGCUAGAGGUAAUAAAUGGCUUAGAACUAAUAACGAACCCUUAUUUGCAAGGGGAAAGUAUGGAUUAUUAUGAGAGAAGCCGCCUUUGGAGGGAAAUUUUACG